AUGGGUCGCCGGUUCAAAUUAUUCAAACAUUAUGCACAGCAUGUGCACAACUGGAACACUUAUGUUCCUGCAGAUCCAGAGAAAGCAGCCAUUUACCGUCGCAAAAGAAGGCAGGUCGAAUUACUUCUUUCAAAAGGCGAAGAUGUCUCACACAUCGAUGACCAGUAUCUGCCAUUGGAGUUAUAUCGUAACGCUGAUGGGAGCGAUCCAUUUCUUAGUGAAUAUGAUAAGAACUUGUUGAAGCAAAUCCAACACGGUGUUGUCAAAGAUGCUACAGUAGAGUUGUUUGCUUAG